UCUCCGGACGCCUGGCUCCUCCGCACCCCCUCCCCUGGGAUCCCCGCAGCGUUGCUCCCUACCCUCUUCUCAAGGCGACUAUGGCCACCAUCCCCGACUGGAAGCUACAGCUGUUGGCCCGGCGCCGGCAGGAGGAGGCAGCCAUUCGGGGCCGAGAGAAGGCAGAGAGGGAGCGACUGUCCCAGAUGCCAGCUUGGAAGCGGGGGCUCCUGGAGCGCCGCAGGGCCAAGCUUGGUCUGUGUCCUGGGGAGCCUAGCCCUGUGUCUGGGACUACAGAGGCUGGACCUCCUGACCCAGACAAGUCUGCCGUCCUUCUGGAGGCCAUCGGCCCAGUGCACCAGAACCGAUUCAUUCGGCAGGAGCGCCAGCAGCAGCAGCAGCAGCAGCAGCAGCAGCAGCAGCAGCGCCGCAGUGACGAGCUACUUGCUGAUAGGAGGUCUGGGCCUUUGGAGGCCCGGGAGUGGAGACCCAGCCCUGGAGAGAUGCGGGAUCCAAGCCCCAAGGGAAGAGAGUCAAGGGAAGAGCGGCUCAGUCCCAAGGAAGCCAGAGAAAGGAGGUUGGGGGUAGGGGGAGCCCGAGAGUCAAGCCUCAGACCUUUGGAGGCUUGGGACCGGAGGCAGAGCCCAGUAGAGGCUGGAGAUAGGAUCUCUAGGCCGUCAGAAGUGCAGAAAUGGAGGCUGAGUCCCGGACUGGCAGAGCCUCAAGAACAAAGCCUCAGGAGAAAAGAGGUGGUAGAAAGUAGACUGAGCCCAGCGGAGUCUGACAGCCAGCAGUUCGGCCUGACAGAGGCCCAUAAAUGGACGCCCGACUCCACAGAGUCUCAGGAACAAAGUUUGAUACAACUGGAGGCAUCGGAAUGCAGGCUGAGUUCAGGAGGAGAAAGAAAAGACUGCUCAGAGGAAUGUGGGAGAAGAGAAGACAGGCCAGCUCCAAGGAUGGCCCCAGAAGAGACCACAGGGCUGUUGGAGACCCUGCCGCGCCAGGCUCCAGACAGCAGCUCUGAAGGAGUGCAGGCAGCAGGGCCAAGCCCCAGCCCCGCGGAUGGUGAAGGGGACCCGAGACUGACAGAAGGGUGGAAAUGGACCCUGCACUCUGGGAAGGUUCGAGAAUGGACACCCAGGGACACAGAGACUCAAACUCAGAAGCCAGCCCCUUCAGAGUCUGCUGAGAAGCAUCUGGGGCCUCUUGAUACAGAGGCUGGAGAAGGGGAGGCUGAAAAGGAGGAUGUGGAGGCUCAGGGCAGGCCUCUGAGCACCCUGCAGAACCGCGGCUCUGUGCCCUGCCCCCUCCCACCAGAGGGCGCUGGGACUGGAGGCUCUAGACCUCAGGAAGAGGAAGCUGUAGAACUCCGGCCUCCACCCCAAGCCCCUCUGUCUCCCCCACCCCCAGCCCCACCUACCCCCCAGUCCUCUGGGGAUCCCCUCAUGAGCCGGCUGUUCUAUGGGGUGAAGGCUGGGCCAGGGGUGGGGGCCCCCCGCCGCAGUGGACACACCUUCACAGUCAACCCCAGGCGGUCUGCGCCCCCUGCAGCCCCUGCCACUCCAGCCACCCGCGAUGCUGCUGUUCCCGGGGCUGGGAAGAAGCGGUACCCGACUGCUGAAGAGAUCUCGGUUCUGGGGGGCUACCUCCGCCUGAGCCGCAGCUGCCUUGUCAAAGGGUCCCCUGAAAGGCACCACAAACAGCUCAAGAUCUCCUUCAGUGAGACAGCCCUAGAGACCACGUACCAAUACCCCUCCGAGAGCUCGGUGCUGGAAGAGCUGGGCCCGGAGCCUGAGGCCCCCAGCGCGCCCAGCGCUUCUGCGGCCCUGCCGGACGACGACGACGACGAGGAGGAGGAGCUGCAGCCGGGGCUCCAGGGCGGGCUGCGCACCAAGGCGCUGAUAGUGGACGAGUCCUGCCGGAGGUGACCCUCUUCCAACACAGGAAUAUACCUUCCUCCUUCCCAGAACUGAAGGUCCUGGAUCCCAGAAGAUUCAGAGCAGACAACCCUGAAAAUGAGCCUGGCAGGGAAGGGCAAUCAACAUCUUCCAACUUGCUUUCCUGGUCCUGUUUCUGGGGACAGAGCCCAAAUUCCACCCUCACCCAAAGACCCCAGUGUGAGUGCCUCAGGUGUGCUCAUGCACCCUAGAUGACCCAAGUCCUGAGGGGGAGCACAGAGCUCACAGGAUGGGGUGAGUGCAGGUGGAGAACCCCCUCCAUCUCUGUGGACAGAGCAUACUCUCCCUACAGCCUUCCUUGACUCACCCUUCCACCCUUGCAGAUUUAAGCACUCACGUCCCGGGGAGGCCGGCCCCGGUCCUUUCAUAGCACCUCUUCUCCUGCUCCUUAGGGCACUGCCCCUUUGUUUACAGCCCCAGCCUCCUUUUUGACCACAGCCUGGUUUACAAAUAGCCAAAGUCCCACGUUUACAAGCCAUGCCUGUUUCCCACGUCCAUGUGAAAUCCUCUCCCCUGUCCCCCAAGUUGCCUCACUGGUGGUGACCUGGGGGUGUGGCUUCCUCUACUUUUGCUCAGUAUUUCUCAAUCUCAGUUUUCUCCAAGAGGGAAGGCUGGGAAUCUUAACUCUGUACCCCAUCUGGUUAUUUAAUCCUGUGCCUCCUCAUGGCUCACAAAGGAAUUGAGCUGCAAGGGUGUGGGGUUACUAAUGAAGCCCCUCAAUUCUCCUCCCUAUUUCUCCUUCCUCGUCAAUUGCCUGUUUAAAAAAAAGACAAAAACAAUUUUCAUAAUAAAGUGGAGCUCUUUCCAACUCUGCUGUUACUUCUUAGUCUUUAGAGAAAAAAGUGUAUAUGGGGAUGCUCUGGGUUCUUCCUUCCAAGCCUCUGCCAUCUUCCUAUUGGCCAGGAAGAGGAAGUGGCCAUGGCCUUGGGGAGAAGAAUGACGGGGAUGAACCAGGAACUCAGCACUGACCUUUAGAAAGGGCUUUAGGGGGUCGGGGGAGGGGCUACACCCAUUUCUCAAAGGUCUGGAGGAAGGGCAGUUGAAGUAUCCACUAGACAUGGCCAGUGCCAUGAGGGCAGACUAUGCUGGUUGAGUUCAACCCCACGCCUGGCACCUAGCAACUAAAAAAGUUACUUCUGGAAUGAACGAUUCAACAAAUAAAUCAGUAGAUGAAAACAGCUAAGAAACUGGAAGCAGAGGAUAUUCUGAACUGAAGGGUCCCAGUAUUCAGAGUCCUACUGUAAUACAAGCAGCCAGGGAGUGUGUGACACUGACUAAUCCAGGGUUGUUUACUCCAAGACUCAGGACCACUAAAUAAUAAAUCUGAAAAAUACAGUGUAUGUACAGAAGUGCAGUGUCCUGAAAAGGGGGUCUCCUCUCACAGACAACAGGUGUUCUUUAGGUAUAAGAUCCAUCACUGCCCUGGCUGGGUAGCUCAUUUGGUU